UUUCGUGUAAAAUUUACCUUUGUUUGAUUUGAACAUUCAGUUAUUUCUAUAAAAGCCAAUUGGCAUUUAACGUUGUAAUAUACCUUGACUAUCUGCCAAUAAAAGAAAAAUAGUCAAAACAAUGUACAUGCAAUAUUAUGUGGGUUCAAGGUGCUAGCUCAAAUACUGUUUCCAAAGAAAAUGACAAAAUGAACCAGUCUGGAACUUCAUGGAUGGAAGGAACGUUGUGGAAAUGGACAAAUUAUUUUUCAGGCUGGCAGUCACGUUGGUUUAUUCUUGACAAUGGAAUCCUUUCCUAUUACAAGUCUCAAGAUGAUGUCGAAAAUGGCUGUAAGGGUUCCAUUAACAUGUCAGUUUGUGAUGUUAUUGUCCAUCCCACAGAUGCCAGCAGGAUUGACCUGAUCAUUCCAGGUGAGCAGCACUACUAUGUGAAAGCCUGCACACCACAAGAGAGACAGACAUGGCUGGUGGCUCUGGGCAGCUGUAAAGCUUGUCUUGCUGAUGGCAAGGGAGGAACCAUUGGACAGAGAGCAACUAGAGGAGGCCACACCGCUCCUCAGUGCCACCUGUGAUAUAUUUAUAAAAACCCUGGAGGCGUGUAUGAGCAUGGCUGAGGAGUACAUCACCAUGGAGGUGCCCACUCAACUAGUUGUAGAUGGCUCAUUGUCCUCUCCCUCUCCUACUAGUACUCCCACUGGAAUGCCUUUUACUGUACAUGGGCAUCUCAAGAAGCCAAGAACACAUCGGUCUGGGUCAAUAGACAAACACUCCCCCAGGGGUCAGAAAAGUCACCAGCAUCGUCAUAACCUUGAUAGCCUGGCCAGCAUGACAACCUAUACAAAGCAGCAAAGCAUAUCUUCCUCUGGGACCAGCUCAAACUCUCCCACAGACCAUCCAAAUACCUCUGCCAUCAAAACACAUGAAUGGAAUCCACUCUACAAGCAGGCUAAAGAGGAGACCAAUGGCAGAAUGCCAGAAGGCGAGGGGGAUGAGGCUGUCCAAAGUAGGAUGGUGCAUACCUUCUUCUCUAACAUGAAACCUAG